AUGUCGCACCGCACCAAGCUUCCCAUUCUCUCUGCGCCUCUCCCCUCUCCCUCCUCUCGCCUCAGCAGUCUCCCUCCCGACGUUUCCCUCCCGCAUGCCUCCUCUCUCCUCGCCUCCUCUCCUCAUCUCUCUCUCACGCGUCGUUCUCGUCAAUUGCCUACCGGCGUCUUUUCCUACGUCGAUCCUCUGCCUUUGUCCUUUCCUUAUGCCUUUACAGAGGCGCAAAUCGCCGCUGCAGACGCGAGUCUGGCGGGCAAGAGCGACUCAGAGGUCGCCAGUGGGCGCAUCGAGGCCCUCUUGCGUCCCUACGCGCCGCAUCGCCAGCAUCUGCAUCCGCUCAGCGACGCCACUGCACCCUUAGAAGCCUAUCUCCCGCCAGGCCGCACCGAGUCCUCCUUCCCUUCUGCCCGUCUCCUCGCCCUCUCUGCCGCGGCACUCGAGCUGCUUCCACUUGACGUCGGCGAUGCGCACGCGUGGAUCGCCGCGCAGCAGGGCAAGCAGGAGGCGUGGAGCUCGGGCCCCAAGGCACACCUGCCGGGCAAGGGAGAAGAGGAGGCAGAGGCGAGGAAGAGGUACCUCCUCAGUGAUGUCCUCGCGGGCCGCGCAGUAGGCGCCAGCUUCGAACAAGCAGAGGGGGACAAAGGAUAUGCGCCGUUUGCCAAUGCGUAUGCGGGCGGCGUACGCGGGGACCCAAAGCGCACACCCUUACGACCACCCACAUUCGCGCCGCAAGCCAGAAACAGAACUGACCUUUUUUUCCACCUAUUGCGCUGCUUCGUGCGUGCGGGGGGAAACAACAGACAUCAAUUCGGGCAAUGGGCAGGCCAGCUAGGCGAUGGGCGGGCCAUUACACUCUGUACGUUUUUGCUUAUGGCCGCUCUGCACAUUCCCACGUCGCGCGCACUCGCCCUCAUCUCGCUGCCCGAGCUGCCCGUGCAGCGCGAGCGCCGCGAGACGGCGGGCGUGUGUACGAGGUUUGCCAGGAGCUGGAUCCGCAUCGGCUCCUUCCAGCUGCAAUCGGCGCGCGGCAACUAUGCCGCCGUGCUCUCGCUGGCGCAAUGGACGGCGCGCAUCGGGUACGAGUGGGACCUUGGCGACGGCCAGCCCUUCGUGCGCCGGCUGCUCGACGAGGCGGCCCGACGCAUCGCGCGCACCACGGGCAUGUGGCAAGUGGCCGGCUUUCUGCAUGGCGUGAUGAACACGGACAACAUUUCGCCCUUGGGCCUCACGAUCGACUAUGGCCCGUACGGCUUCAUGGAUCUGACCGAUCGCAAUGCAAGCUCGAACAAGAGCGACGGCGAGGGAAGAUAUACCUAUCGUCUGCAACCCUCGGCGGCCCUCUUUGCCAUGGAGCAUCUGCUCUUCUCCCUCUCUCCCCUCGUCGCUCUCGAAGGCAAGCUUUGCCGCGCCUUGGCUGCCUCCGAUCUCGACGCUCUCUCCUCUAACGAGCUCGAGCAGCUGUCCGACGAAGGCGAAGAGCUGGCGCGCGAGCCGCUCAAGCAGCUCUUCAUGGGCACGCUGCGCGAGCAAGUCAACGUCGGCUGGCGAGCUCGUCUCGGCCUCACGCACGCUGUCGAGGGCGAGUACGAGGCGCUUUUCGAUCCUCUGCUCGACGUUCUCGAAGACGUCGACUUCGCCACCUCUCUGCGUGCCCUCUGCGACUUCCCGCCGCUCCUCGCCGAAAAGCAGCGCGAAGAGGCAGUGCAGCUGUUCACGCGCGAAUGGCUCGACAUCGAGGCCCUGCCGCACUAUCUGCGCGCCGAGAAGACGAGGGUGGUGCAAGACUGGCUGGCCAAGUAUGCCGAGCGCCUUAGCAGCGAGGCCCGUCCGGGUGACGUGGUUAGCGAGGAGAUGAAA